AUGGAAGAUAUGGAGGGGUAUGAGAAGAAAGACUGGGCAGAGUUGAAGAAGGAGAUGCUGGAGAAGUGGGGGCAGAGCGAGCAAAGAUACUGGGAAGCGGAUCUAGACAGGCUUGUGGAGGAGAUGGCGGAGAAGGGCGGAAUUCAGAUGCCGGAACAGUAUGGGAAGUAUGUUUUAUCGUUUGAUCGCAUUCUGAAGUAUCUCAAUUGGAACAAGAUGGUUACCAAUACUCUGGAAGCGGAGAUGCGGGAUGAAGCGGUCUGUCAGCUCUUUGAGCGGAAUCUGGUGAAGAGGUUGAAGGAUGGGAGUGUGAUUGUGCUGCCCGAGAUGAAGGAGAUCCUAAAGGCUCUCCUGUGUGAAAUGGACAUGCAUUGGGAUCGGUUUGGACAAAAACUUCCCCUGCGGCGGUGGAGAUGGUGGCAAGGACCACUGACUUGCAGUUAUUGCGGGGUGUUGGGGCACUUUAAGGCUCAGUGGAAAGAACUCACCACAGACAUCAAGACCUCAGGGGUUUGUCCGGUGAUAAGGGACUACUAUCUGGAUGGAAAAAAGAUAGAGGCGGCUGUUCCGGGUGACAAAGUGUGCAAAAGGAGGAGUACCAAGCCUUCCGCAACUGCCAAGGGCAAGGAAGCUGUCAGCGUGGGUGAUGCCAAGAGCUGGUCUCUUCUAGCUACACCAGGUGCAAACUAA